AUGCAUGAAAAUGUCAAGCUCAAGGCCCCAACUGACGGCGUGCUCACCGCCAUCAUCAUCACCCAGCUCACCACGCCGUACGUUGGCCUGGCCCCGGCAGCCGGCGACAAGCAGCUGACAGGAGCUGCAACCAGAAAACCAGAACCAGAACAGGAAAAGCAGUCAGACCACACUGUGAAAAUUGCUGGCUCCAUCGCCGGGCUCCUGCUCUUUGUCAUCAUCUUCCUUGGAGUCAUCCUUCUGAUGAAGAAACGACGAAGAAAUUAUCAUUCCUACACUUACUACCUGAAGUUGGCAAAAAAAAGGAAGGAGACGCUGAACUCCAGACAGGAAAUGACCUUGAUGGUCAACAGCUCCCAGCACACAACUGUGGUGGACUCACACACACUUAAUGGACAUGCUGUGUCGUCUCCAUCCUCUUUCACCCUGAAGACCAACACCAUCAGCACCACUGUCCCCAACUCUUACUACCCAGAUCCUUUUGUACCGACCGCCAUUCUCGUGCCAAUUAAUGAUGACAGCCACACCAUGACCAGUGAGACCAGCAGUCUGGUCCAGUCUCACUACAAGCAGCGGGAGUCCGAGCGUGAGGCGCCUCCCUAUCAGACGGGACAGCUGCAUCCUGCCAUCCGAGUGGCCGACUUGCUGCAGCAUAUCACACAGAUGAAAUGUGCCGAAGGCUACGGCUUCAAAGAGGAAUAUGAGCUUAAUGAGGGUUUUUUUGAGGGACAGUCUGCUCCUUGGGAUUCUGCAAAAAGGGAUGAAAACCGCAUGAAGAAUCGCUAUGGCAACAUCAUUGCUUAUGACCACUCACGAGUGCGUCUGCAGCAUCAGGAUGGCAACGGUGGUUCAGACUAUAUCAACGCUAACUACGUAGAUGGAUACCACAGACCCAACCACUACAUUGCCACUCAAGGUCCCAUGCAGGAGACGGCAUACGACUUCUGGAAGAUGAUUUGGCAGGAGAACUCUGCAGCCAUUGUCAUGGUAACCAACCUGGUCGAGGUGGGGAGGGUAAAGUGCUGUAAGUACUGGCCUGAUGACUCAGAGAUCUAUGGAGACAUGAAGGUGACGCUGAUUGAGACGCAGCUGCUCUCAGAGUAUGUGAUCCGGACCUUUGCAGUGGAAAAGAGGGGUGUUGCUGAGAUAAGAGAAAUUCGACAGUUCCAUUUCACUGGCUGGCCUGACCACGGUGUGCCACUCCAUGCCACCGGCCUGCUGGGCUUCAUCCGGCAUGUGAAGGCCAAGACUCCCCCCACCGCUGGCCCCACUGUGGUCCACUGCAGCGCGGGAGCGGGGCGCACAGGCUGUUUCAUUGUGAUUGACAUUAUGCUGGACAUGGCAGAGAGGGAGGGCGUGGUUGACAUCUACAACUGUGUCCGGGAACUGAGAGCGCGGAGGGUCAACAUGGUCCAGACUGAG